UUCCCAGAGAGAGAAGCCCCUGAAACCCCAGUAGCUCUUUUCCCCUCUCUCUCUCUCUUAAACGCCCGCACUCUCUCUCUCUAGAAAUGGAUUUUCAGGUGGUGGUACUCGCCGGAGGCGCUUCAAAAAAUCUCGUGCCUCUGGUUUCCAAGGAGGUUCCAAAAGCGCUACUUCCUGUGGCGAACCGGCCGGUCCUCUCCUACGUUCUCGAACUUUUGGAACAAAGUAAUCUCAAAGAUCUCAUUGUUGUAGUUGAAGGGCAAGACGCAGCUCUUCAGGUUGGUGCUUGGAUUUCGGGGGCUUAUGUUGAUCGUCUACAUGUUGAGGUAGCUGCUGUCCCUGAGGAUGUUGGGACUGCUGGUGCUCUUCGGGCCAUUGCAGGUCAUCUGACUGCAAACGAUAUCUUGGUUGUGAGUGGUGAUCUUGUUUGUGAUGUUCCUCCUGGGGCAGUGGCGGCUACUCAUAGACGACAUGAUGCAGUGGUUACUUCAGUGCUCUGCUCUGCUCCUGUCACUGGACCAUCAGAUACGGGUUCCUCUGGAGGAAAGGACAAAGCCAAGAAACCAGGACGAUACAAUAUUAUAGGGCUGGACGCCACGAGACAGUUUCUACUGUAUAUUGCAGCUGGAGCUGAAGUCGAGAAAGAUGUUAGAGUUCAAAAGAGCAUUCUCCGGGCAGUAGGCCAGAUGGAAAUUCGUGCAGAUCUGAUGGACGCUCAUUUAUAUGCAUUCAAGAGAUCUGCUUUGCAAGAAGUUCUUGAUCAAAAGGGGAGUUACCAAAGCUUAAGGCAAGAUGUACUGCCUUAUCUUGUCAGGAGCCAGCUGAGGUCUGACUUAUUAUUGAAUGGAGCACAAGCAGAAGAAAAUGGGAAUGAGAAGGUUGCUUUCCAGAGCAACAAAGUAAUGCCAUCUCAACUGCUGGCAAAUGCAUCUACCCCAAGUUUUCAUCAACUCUAUGCCUUUGGUGACAAUGGUUUGUCUCCUGCUCUGAGGAAAACCCAUAAAUGCUGUGUUUAUAUUGCCAACAAAAGCAAGUACUGUGCGCGCUUGAAUUCGAUUCAAGCUUUCAGCGACAUAAAUCGAGAUGUCAUAGGAGAGGCAAGUCACCUGUCAGGAUAUUCAUUUUCUGCUCAUAAUAACAUAAUUCAUCCUUCAGCGGUUCUUGGUUCAAAAACAACAGUGGGCCCACAUUGUAUGUUGGGGGAAGGUUCACAAAUGGGUGACAAAUGCAGUGUGAAACGAUCUGUUAUUGGCUCUCACUGCCGGAUAGGUUCCAAUGUAAAGGUUGUUAAUUCAGUUGUGAUGAACCAUGCUACUAUUGGAGAUGGUUGUUCAAUUCAAGGUUCCGUUAUUUGCAGUAAUGUACAGCUCCAAGAGCGUGUUGUUUUGAAGGACUGUCAGGUUGGAGCAGGUUAUGUUGUUACUACUAGCAGUGAGCACAAGGGGGAAUCCUUGGCGAGGAAAGAGAAAUUCCAAUCUCAAUGACCUUCCCUUUCACUUCCCUUGUAUCUCCUUGGUUUUUUCAGUAGUUGUGCUGCUGUUCAGUGAGUGAGUCUGGGCCUCUGUAUUCUUUUUUCCUUGGGGAGGAAUAGAGCAAUAUCAGUUUUGCCAGUUAUUUCCUUAGUUUUCUUAGGUUGAUUGGGAUGCCACCUUCAUACUCAAUGAAUGUGUCUGUCUAGAUUAAGUUCGUAGUACAAUCAUAAGCUCCAUGAAUAAUUUUUUGUAAUGAGAUUCAAAUAGUCUGCAAUAUUUUCCAUAAAAACAGCAAGGUUGCAUUUGGUUUGCUGAUAUCCAAACUGGAUAAAAGAAAUUGAAGAUUUCCUUUACAAUGUUUCUUUUC